AUGGCAACCUCCUCUAAGCUCUCAUCUCACCUCCGCCGUCGUCUCCGCUCCUCCUCCGCCUUCACCUUCCUUCCCGCCCUCUCUCACUCUCGCCAAUUUCACCUCCUCUCAAAUCCUAACCCUAUCCCUAUCCCCACCUCCAACUCUAACCUUCUCCCGCGGAACGCCUCCGCCUUUAAUCACCAACCUCUCGCUUCGUCUCGGUUUUUCUCCGCCGGUUCUUCACAUGACUCCGGUUUCGAUCGAUUCGGCGACUCCGGAGUCGCCGGCUCCGGGAACGAGCUUGAGGUUUUGGAUUUUGGUGCUACUGCCAGUGCUGCUGCUGGUGAAGGGUCGCUGCUUCCAGUUCAGGGCCUCAUAUCGGUGCUCGAUCACUUCCACGACCUCACUGGUUUGCCUUGGUGGAUAGUGAUUGCGUCGUCUACUGUGGCUAUGAGAGUUGCGUUGAUUCCGUUACUUGUUGUGCAGCUCCAAAAGUUGAAGAGGAUCGCAGAGUUGUUUCCUCAAUUGCCUCCUCCAAUGCCACCAAUGUUAUCAGGAAAGAGUUAUAUUGAUCAAAUGUCUCUAUUUCGGAAGAAAAGGAGUGAAAUCGGAUGUCCCUCGUUCUUGUGGUUCCUUGCGUACUUAUCUGUCCAGAUUCCUUGCUUUUUCCUGUGGUUGACUACCAUUCGCAGAAUGUCACUGGAUAAUCACCCCGGCUUUGAUUGCGGUGGCACUCUGUGGUUCCAGAACUUGUCUGAAUUACCUCAUGGUGUUUCAGGUCCUAUCUUUCCUCUCCUGAUUGCUGGUUUGCACUAUGUUAAUGUUCAGAUUUCUUUCAAGACAUCUUCUGUCAGGACAAUGAAGGGUGUGUUUGGCACAUUAGCUCAAUACUACAAGUAUUAUUUGGAUUUCAUGACAUUACCUUUGUUUUUUAUUGGCUACAAUAUUCCUCAGGGUAGUCUAGUCUAUUGGGUUACAAAUAGCUCAUUAAGUGUCAUUCAGCAAUUAGCUCUGAAGGAUCCUGCUGUACGUGCAAAGUUGGGGUUGCCAGACAAUGUCGAGCCUACAAAAAUUGAGAAUUCUGAGAAGUCGGAUACUCCUGAAAUAUCACCCUUAGCUUCUCCUACUAAAAUGAAAAAAAUAUCGUUACAGAACCUGUCACCCAAAGAUCUUGUCAAUCUUUCAGUUCAAGUCUUAUCAGAAGGAGAUAGAGAAAGAGCACUUCCUUUACUAAGACUUGCUCUUGAGAAAGAUCCUGAGUAUGUACGAGCAUUGAUAGUAAUGGGUCAGACUCUAUUGCAGAAAAAAUUGGAGGCAGAGGCUACUGAGUACUUGGAACGCGCUAUAACCAAGCUCUUUAGUACUGGUGUUCCCACACAAGUGGAGGAUAUUGAUAACCUAAUUCUUGCAUCUCAGUGGACUGGUGUUGCCUACAUACGGCAGGGAAAAUUCCCUGAAGGGAUUGGACACCUGGAAAGAAUUGCACAAUUGAACGAGCCAGAUGAACGAAAGGUGAAGGCUCAUUAUUUUGAUGGGUUGUUAAUGCUGGCAAGUGCUCUAUCCAAUGUGGGUCGCAAGGAUGAAGCUCUGAAGCAUCUGCGCUUAGCUGCUGCUUAUAAUCCUGCUUACAAUGAAUUCCUGGAACAGUGUGAAAAUGAGGAUGACAGUAUAGUCAGUGAUCUUACCAGCAGUAGACGAUCCGAUUAUUGAUUAUGUAUAUAUCAAAUGCAAAUUUUGCUUGGGCAGGCCGUGCCAUUUGCUCUCCCUAGUUACAUAGAUUUUAGAAAUACAACUGGGAGUGCCAGAGCAUUUCCCUUUUAUAGCUUACUGUUUUGUAUCUCAUUUUGAUAGUAACAUUUAUAGUCACUGAUCAUUGAUUUGUAUUUU